AAUGGUUACGAUUUCAGCACUAAAGCCCAUGCGGUAUUAAUAAAAUACUUCUUCUACAAAAUCCAGAGCUUGUGAUAACCCUCUGACCAUUUCAACCCCCAAAAAAUCAAACUCAUACCGUGACGAAUUACUGGACAUAUGGUGCACCCAGGCAAAUUUAGUUUUUUGUUAUCCAAAAUCCUUGCAGUUUGCUUCAAUUUAUAUAGCAAAGUGUUCAUCGUAGACGCCAUGUUUGAAGGGUAUUAAAAAAAUAAGACUCAAAUACGCUAUUUUAUCAGCACAGCGAGUGCAGACCGAACCUCCUGUCGUUUAGUAUCUUUACGAAAAUAGAUUUGAUAAUGUCAGUCAUUCGAUGAAUAUCUUUUGGAUUUGUAAUACGAAAGUGUCUUCAGAUGCACAUCUCAUUGCAAUCGAUCUAAUUUGUGUUUAACAGUGAUCCACGUGGGGUAGUCACGAACUCAUUCGAAUAAGCAUGAGUGGAGAAAAACACAUUUCAAGUUGCACUGAAAAAAGUCAAAAUGGGCUGGAUCCCUUUAAUGAUGAUGACGAUGAUGAUGUUCGACGAGUUGCUCAAGAGUUAGAAGCAAAAUAUGGAAUUUCGUCAAAGAAAAAGCGACGAAAGCGAAAAAAAGAUAUUGCAAUAGGUUACGACGAAUCCGAUUCGUUUAUAGAUAACACCGAUUGCUACGAUGAAAUAAUUCCCAAAAAUAUUACCACCCUUCACGGGGGUUUCUAUAUAAACAGUGGUGCUUUAGAAUUUGAACGAAUUGGAGGGGUCAGUUCAGAUGAAUCAUCGUCGUCUUCUGAAGAAGAAGAAGUCCCAGAGAAGCCUAAAAAGAGACCCUUGGCAUCGUCAUCCGAUUCUGAGACAGAUGAAAAACAGAAAAACGAAAAUAAAGAAAAGAAACAGAAAAUGUCAAAUGGAAAUGCUAAUGGCAUACAAAAAGCUUUGAAGAAUAAGUUGUUCAGCGAUGAUAAGAUAAAAAAAGUGAGAAAAAAUUCUACCGAUGAUGAUAAAAAGAAAGCUGUCCGAGAUCUUUUGAAAGAAAAACGAGACGAUACAAACGUGUCUCUUUCAUCAUCAGAAACUCCUAAAGCAUCUACAGGAGAAGUUGAGGUAGCAUCCUUAACCAAUAUUGCUACUGUGAUUGAAUCUGUUGUAAAUGCUUCCAAUGGUAAUACCAUUCAAGUCAUAGAUGAUUCGAGUAGAGAAAGUACAGGAUCAAAAGAAAACCAGAAAACAGAUAUGGCAUUAAUUUUGGACGGAGACUCUAACGACGCUUUCCCUCAGAAACAAGAAGAAAUCGUUAAAUUGCCUGACAAUAUUCCUAACGACAUACUUACUUUAAUACACGAGAUCAAACACGCAGCAGCGCAAAGUACCGAAGGGAAAGUUAAAUUCUUUUCAGGUCCUGUCAGUACGAUAUUGUUGAGCUUGGAACGUAAAUGUCGAACUUUGAAGAAAUCAACGCGUGUUAGGAUUUACGAACACUUAGCCCCGUUUGUUCGGUGUAGGAAAGAAACUCUAAUCAAACGUGCGAAAAAUCUUAUUCUCGAAGACGAUCAGAAGAAAAUUAAACAUUUGUUAAAUCAAUUACAUUCGGAAGUCCAAGAAGUUAUGCCAAGUUUGUUGCACAGUUAUGAAAUCGAAAGUCAGAAAGUUUUGCAGAAAAGGUAUUCGAAAGAAGGUUUGGAAGGUGAAGACCUAAAAUCGUUAAGAAUGCCAAAGAGACGUUUCACCUGGACGGAAGAAACAAAGAAACUUCUUAGAGAAAUUGUAACUGUUCAAAAGAAAUGUUUUUUGAUGGAAGGUAGAAAUAAAGAUAAGUUGGACGAAUUGAUAACCAGCUUCUUAAAAUCCCAUGUUCAGGUUCUGUGGCCAGAAGGCUGGAUAUCUAUGAACAGCUUAUUAAAGUAUAGCAAUUCCGAAGUCAAAAAGCAAAAGAGCAUGACGAUAUCUAAUAUUACCAACAUCAAAAACAUUUCGAUUUCCGAUGCGGACGUAAGUAGGGAAUCGACUGGAAACAGUUCGUUCGCUUCGAAAGUUCUGCCCCCAAUAACUUCCAAAUCUUCUUCGCUCACCAUAACACCAAUCAUGCCUGCAGACGUACAGAAAAAUGCGGAAGAUCAAAUCGCGAAAGCAAAAGCUUCUCUUCCAAGUGAUAUUAUUAUUAGUAAUGUAAAUAGUAACAGUUAUAGUAUUAAGGCAAACAAACCACUGCCAAUGCCUAUCGAAAUUACAAAAACGAUGCCGGAUCAAUCGAUCUUGAACAGGCAUACGCCGCCGUCCCAAGAGAAAGACGAAUUCCAAUUGAUCCAACAAGCCAUGGCCGAAGACCUUUCUCAAAAGGUCAAUUCCACAAUGAAAACCCCCGUUAGUAACAUAAGUAUUAGUCAAAACAAGAACUUCAAAGAUACGUUUUCAUCAGACAGGGAUUUGAUUAUGGAUUUAACCGAAUCGGUCGAACUGAAACGCAAACCUGGACCGAAGAGUAAAACAAAAUAUUACGUGGAAGAUCCGGAAAGACCUGUGAAAAUUAAAAAGGCCACAUCAGACAAAAUGAAGGCUGGCAAUAAAGAUGGCUGCUUUAGUAACAAGGAAAGCGAGCAAUAUCCACAAGUCAGUUUCUCCAGCAAAGACAACAGAUCAAACUAUGGCAUGAAAAGUCACGAAAGCGUCACCACCGGAAGUUACGCUUUGGAUAAAUUAAUCUCCGAUAGUCUAGCGGAUGCUAAAUGUUUCGCAUCGUUAGAUAGUUUCUCUACCUUACAAAAAAAUUCGGCGGAAUGUACUACGAUAAAUCUAGGAAGUGCCUCCACAGUGACCUUUCCAGUUAAGCCACGCCAUAGUGAAGAUGGAGACGAAAAUCAGAUCCAGGAAGUUCUCGAAGGACUGCGGGCACUCCAGAAAAUGUCUUCGCCAGCUAAAGUGGACGAUUAUGGAAGAACUAGCGCACCGGCUUCUGUUAUCACGUAUAACUCAAAGAGUUCGUCUUCAUUAUCAUCACCGUCUAUAGGAGGAGUAGGUGGAACAUCGUCGCAAAAGAGCGACGCAUCCAAGAAACAUGUGAGUGUAUUCCACGACGAAUUUCAAAGACAAUUCAUCAAAUUCAAUGAGCGAAAAACAAAUCAACCGGCGCCUGCUCCUAACUCAAAGAAUGACUUCAAUAGUGUUAGUAAUAGUAGCUACUCGUCAUUGCAGACAAAUAUAAAGACGCCGAAUAACAAUUAUGCGCAACCGUAUUAUAACAAACUCUUUAAUAACAUCAACAAUCAACAAGGUUCCUAUAACAUGUUGCAAGACAUGUUUGCGAAUUUAUUAAAAGAAUCUGGCUACAAAACAGCAGGUGAUAAGUCUAAUGUUCAGCAAAAAUAACGGGCUCCAGUUUUUACCGACUUAAUUAGAAAUGAAAUAAACUGCCAAUGUAUUUAUGUAUGUAGUUGAUUUAAUUGUACACGUUUGGUUUGUAAAUUGUGUAUAUACUUUAUAUUGUGUUUAAUGAUCCAUUCCAUAGCGUUAUUUAUUUUAUUUCUACUAUAUAUACAUAUGAAAGGUAUCGAAUAAAGCGAUUUUCUUAUUCA